AUGCGGUAUGGGGAGAUGGCAAGCAGUUUAGCAGAGUUAUUUAAUAAUUGGGUUGGUGUGUUUCAAGAUUUGCUGGUGCUACCUUUGAUAGAAGGGAUUCGACAAAAAUUGAUGGUAUUGAAUUCUCAACGACGAAUUGAAGCGAAGAAGUGGACAACAAUUUUGUGUCCGGAGAUGGAAACUAGACUGUGGGAAAAUGCAGAGGCCGGUAGGACUUGGGUGGUUCGUCUUUCUAGUUUCACUGUUUUUGAAGUAUUUGCUGAUUAUUCUGUGAUUGUUGAUCUUGAGCAAAGGACUUGUUCUUGCCGUUUUUGGCAAAUUGACGGUUUUCCUUGCACGCAUGCGGUGGCUGCAAUUCUAGCAAAGAAAGAUUCAGUUUAUGAUUACGUGGAGUGUUACUACAGGACUGACUUCUUUCGAAAAGCCUAUGAGAGUCCUAUUGUUCCUAUUCCAGAUAUUGGGAAAGGCUUGAGCAGCAACAUUUUUGCAGAUAUUGUGAAAGGCUUGAGCAGCAACAUUUUUGCAGCUGGAGUUGUGCUUCCGCCAAUUACAAAGAGGUCAGCCGGAAGACCACCAACAAAGAGGAUCAAAGCUUUUGGUGAAUUUAAAAGGCCAUUGAAAUGCAGUCGGUGUAGUGUUACUGGGCAUAACAGGAAGACUUGCAAGGCUGUGAUAUGA